CGUUCUUUUCACUGCCAAACCAAAACCAUCCUACCCAUCUUGACCAUCUCUCUUGCUCGAUAGUACCAAAGUCAAACGAGAGGCACUGUACAUCCAUGUCCAACUUACUCAACCUGCCAGACGGCGGGACAAAGGACAUGGAGGGCGUCACAGAACCUCAAACUGCCAGACCUCGAGUCAAUGUCAACGGACCAAAGCCGGUACAUAAAUCACAGAAGAAGAUUGCUGUGUUGACCAGUGGGGGUGAUAGUGCUGGUAUGAACGCCGCUGUCCGCGCAGUAGUACGUCAAGGUAUAUCUAGAGGUUGUCAAACAUUCAUCAUCCGAGAAGGAUGGGAAGGUUUAGUCCGAGGAAACACAGAUGAUCCCACUCCAUUCCAAACUCGAGAAUCAUCUACAGUCACAACUCCUUCCCUCUCACCUUCAGACUCUCAUCCCCAUUUACCAACAAGAGCAGUCUCCUUUGCUUCUCUACCCCCAAGUCAACAACUCGCUUUACACCCUCAAGCUCACGGGGAGCAUAGUCAUGUAGUCAACUAUACAGAUCCUACUUGGAUCGCACCUCUAUCAGACGCACCGUUGAGUUUCGGGUAUGGUGAAUUAUUAAAAGAUGGUGCUGGUGAAGGAGAUUUAGAUGAUAUGGCAGGACAUGGGAAUCCUAAUGCUUCUAUCGAAAGUAUUGACAAAAAGGCUAAAAGUUUAAGAGGGAAGUAUAUUGUUAGAGUGGGUUGGGAUGAUGUGAGAGGUUGGUUAGGUGAAGGAGGAACUUUGAUCGGGUCUUCAAGAUGUCCUUCUUUUAGACAGAGAGAAGGGAGGUUACAGGCAGCACAUAAUUUGAUCAAGUUUGGUAUAGAUUGUUUGGCUGUUUGUGGUGGGGAUGGAAGUUUGACGGGGGCUGAUAAACUUCGUGCGGAAUGGCCUGGUCUGAUAGAAGAGUUGCAUAAGGAUGGAAAGAUUACCAGUGAACAACGAGACGCUCAUCAGCAUCUGAAUAUUGUCGGUUUGGUUGGGUCCAUCGAUUGUGAAUCAUGCCAAGACUGGUCGCUGACUUUCCGCAACGACAUGUCAAUGACCGACUUGACCAUUGGCGCACUCACCGCCUUGCAUCGGAUUUGCGAGUCUAUCGAUUCUAUCUCAUCCACUGCAUCGUCACACUCGAGAGCUUUCGUCAUUGAAGUCAUGGGUCGGCAUUGCGGUUGGCUAGCCCUUCUUGCGGGUAUAGCGACAGGCGCGGAUUUUGUCUUCAUCCCUGAAUGCCCACCAGAGUCGGCGGAUUGGGAAGAUGAGAUGUGCGAUCUACUCAAGUCUCACCGAGCAGUCGGUAAACGCAAGUCAAUCGUCAUUGUCGCCGAAGGCGCCCUUGAUCGCAAACUUCAACACAUCAAACCGGAGUAUGUCAAGCAGAUCCUGGUUGAUCGACUGGGCCUGGAUACUAGGGUGACGACUCUGGGUCACACUCAACGAGGUGGGAAGCCUUGUGCUUUUGACCGUAUCUUGCCUACUCUUCAAGGUGUUAACGCUGUUCAGGCUUUAUUGGACGCUACACCGGAAACCCCAUCAUACAUGAUUGGCAUUCGGGAGAAUAAGAUCACACAGGUGCCUUUACUUGAGGCUGUUGCCCAGACUCAAGCAGUGGCAGCGGCAAUCGACAGUAGAGAUUUCGACAAAGCCAUGUCAUUCCGUGAUUCCGAGUUCCGCGAAAUGCUCCAAGCUUUCAAAAUCUCCUCCUCCUUAGCCGCUAGCUCUCAAGUGCCAGAAAGCAAACGUCUACGUAUCGGUAUCAUCCACGUCGGUGCUCCUGCUGGCGGUAUGAACGCCGCCACUCGUCAAGCCGUUCGUUUCUGUCAUAACCGUGGUCAUACAGCUCUAGCCAUAUACAACGGAUUCGAAGGUUUGCUCGAUGACAACGUUGCAGAAUUAUCGUGGCUUCGAGUGGAUUCUUGGACCACUCGUGGUGGUUCGGAAUUAGGUACCAAUAGGACAUUACCUAGUGUGGAUAUGGGUGAAGUGGCAUCAGCCUUUCAACGACAUGGACUGGAUGGUUUAUUGUUGAUUGGUGGAUUUGAAGCUUUCAAUUCACUCCUGCUAUUGGAACAAAACCGCGCCAAUUAUCCAAGUUUCCACAUUCCCAUGAUUCAUCUGCCGGCUACUUUGAGCAAUAACGUACCAUUGACAGAUUUUUCUUUGGGAAGUGAUACGAGUCUGAACGCUUUGGUGGACGCUUGUGAUGCCAUCAAACAGAGCGCUUCGGCGAGUAGGAAUAGGGUGUUUGUUGUGGAGACUCAAGGUGGGAUGAGUGGUUAUAUCGCUACUAUGGGUGCUUUGGCGGUCGGAGCUGUAUUAGUCUACACUCCUGAAGAAGGUAUCAACCUUCAGUUAUUACAACAAGAUGUCAAUUUCCUCAGUCGUCGUUACAAACUUGAUGUCAAGGGGAAGAGCGAAGGACGUCUGGUGAUCAGAUCGGAAAAAGCUUCAACAGUCUAUACAACAGAAGUCAUGACCAAAAUCCUACGAGAAGAAGGAUCAGAUUUAUUCGACGCACGUUCAGCUUCGCUAGGUCAUACAUUACAAGGUGGAGUUCCUUCACCUCUCGAUCGUACUCGUGCUGCACGUCUCAGUUUGAGAUGUAUGCAAUUUUUAGAACAACAUGGUGUACCUCAAUCUCAAUCCACUAGAGGACAUCGUAGAUUAGGAAAAGAUACAGCUGUGAUGAUUGCUAUUCGAUCGAGUAAGAUUGUUUAUGCUAAUAUGGACGUGGUGUUGGGUCAUACGGAUAUGAAACUUAGAAGAGGGACGGAUGUUUGGUGGGGGGAUAUAAAACAUUUAGUAGAGGUAAUGGGUGGACGUACUGGUUUAGUCGCUAGUAGUCUUGCCGUUUGAAGGGUGACGACAACCUCGUCCAACCGACAGAAAGGAUUGACUAUACUCAUGUGGAUAGACGUCAAGGAAGACAUGUAGAUAGACAUCAUGGAAAACAUGCAGAUAUGUUAAUG